CUAAGUCUCUAUCUUUACUACUACAUAUUUUUUUCACAUUCCCCAGCUCUGUGAAUGCCGCGAUGCUCGCGGUUCUACGAAUGCCUCAAAGCCGGUAUUUUCGUGGCUUUCGGUGCCACUGCAGCCUCGUUGGGUUUCUCCUACCGAGAAAAGGUCGAUCGGCGCGUUGAGGCGACCGAAUCACCAAGGUCCUCACAAUUAGUCCCCUGGCCGUCUUUUGUUGAUUCCGAACCGGUGAAAAAAGUCGGCAUUCCUUCGGUCAGCCAUCUCCGUAUUUUCGAUGGGUUUGUAUGCGCUUACGAUCGACGUACACGUAUUCCCCUGUGGGUUCUUGAACACUUGACUCCUGAGAAACUUUCACCGCCCACAAACAACGGAAAGUCACUGCAGCCGGUCGACCGGAGUCAGCUCAACUAUUACGAGGAUCUCGGUGAACUCCACAUGUUUCGUGCUACCAACGAGGAUUAUAAGUCUUCCGGCUACGAUCGCGGACAUAUGGCAGCAGCGGGUAAUCAUCUGUUCGAACGCGCAGCCAUGGCACAAACCUUUAUUUUGAGCAACAUUGCCCCUCAGGUGGGUCGUGGCUUCAACCGACACGCCUGGAAUGAUUUGGAAAAGUACGUGCGAGCCAUCGCUCGGAACACCCACAAUGUGGUGGUCGUCACCGGUCCUCUAUUUCUGCCUCACGCCAGUCCCGACGCAACCAAAAAAUUUGUCACUUACGAAGUCAUCGGGCCGAAUGACGUGGCCGUUCCGACCCAUUUUUUCAAAGCGAUUUCCAUCCAGGAAGCUCCAAACAGCUCAUGGAAGAUUUUUGCGUGGGUUCUCCCCAAUAUGGUACUACCAGAAAAGGUCGAUCUCCGUCAGUUUCAGGUGCCUCUGUCUGCUGUAGAACGAGCUUCUGGGCUGAAGCUGUUCCCCAACUUGCCCCGGUGACAUUUUUCUACCAUAGUAUGCUAUUGUACUUUCUGUUACAUGGUUCCUGUUCUAUUUUUCCACUGUAAACGCUUUUGUGCAAUACCAUUUAACAUUCAAAUCCCGUCUUCCGGAUACGAAACCGCCACCGUCAAACCCUACCCCUGUCCAAAUUUUCUCGCUUUCCAUCGUAUUGUUUUACACUACUUGUGAGUAACCAGAUUGUGCAUGCAUCAAUAGAGAUGUACCAGGCUGUUUCUGCUCGAAGUUCCCCCACUGCAGCGGCCCCGUCCACUCCCUGUCCCCAGACCUUGUCCAUCCCAGUUAUACAGUACUCGUGGUCUAUCUCUCUGGUUGUCCACACCAAUCUUUUAGAAUGUAUUGAUCAUAAAUGCCCAUCUCGUGUUCUGAACCUGUUAUUUAGCUCUCUGUAAGUCAAAGCAAAGUUUGCGUGGCGAUCACAAAUCUGUACUGUAUCGAUACUCC